AUGUCGAACGAGCUUUUCAUACACAAAUCAAAUUUUCAUACAAGAAGCAGAGAUAGAAAACUUUUAAUUUGUAUAAACACAGAGGCUCAGGACAUAUUUUCUACUUUUUCAAAAUCGAACGACAACACGAUCAACGUGGAUGAAGUUGGUGCCUUCAUCAGGUCAAUGGGACUCAACCCCAGCGAAGCACAGGUGCAACUAAUUCAAGGGCAACUCAACCAAUUUGUGGAGGACGAAAGCUUAUCAUUUCAAACUGUGAUGGACGUGUUGAAAAGUUUCGAGAGCAUUCAAGACAAUGAUUGCUAUGAGAAUCUCUUGAGAGCCUUUCAUUUCUUUGAUCCCGCCAAUACAGGCUACAUAAUGAUGAACGAUUUAAAACGCGUGCUCAUGAACAAGGGAGAACCACUGAGUGACGAUGAAAUAUUUGAACUGCUGAAACAUGCAAAUGUUGACAAAAAGGGAAGAAUUAAAUAUAUUUAUUUAGCUCAAAGACUUUCGAAAAAUAUCCUAUAA